AUGUCUGCGUUUCCCAUCGGCUCUCGAGUCACCUGCAAAGGCCAUACUGGGACAGUCCGCUUCCACGGCCCAGCCUCCUUUGUCCGCAACAAGGUCGUGGUUGGCAUUGCCUACGACGAGCCUAUCGGCAAGAACGACGGUGAGGUCUGCGGAACACGCUACUUUACAUGCAAGCCCAACCAUGGCGUGUUUGCCAAGCCAAAGUAUGUCUCGCUCCUCGUCGAGGAAGAGGAAGAGGAGGCAGCCGAGUCGGUGCCAUCGCCAGAUACGGUGGUAGCCUCCGAGUCGCAAUCGAGUCGCCCGCCGACAACACAGAUCGAAGCCGCUCGUGCAGAGCUGGAGGCGCUUACAGCAUCGGUGGCAAAGGCUGAUGCAGAGUUUAAGGCGCUGCGGCAGGCCGCUCGCGACGCUGUGGCAGCCAAGAACGAUCCGCGGGCAGAGGCACUGACUGCAGAAGCGAACGCACUGCGCGACGCUGUGAUGGCCGACAAGGCCAAAGUCAAGAAGGUGACGGCUGCGCUCGAUGUCGCGCUCUCGGAGCUUGCGGCACUCGAGACCAAGCAGACCAAGCUCGAGGCCGAGCUGGAGGCGCGUCGCACCGCCGCCGCUGCUUUGGCUGCUGGCAAGACAACGAGCAUGGACCGAGAUGACAGCGGCGAGGUAGAGCCAAUGGCAGCUGGAGGAGGAGAAGCAGCAACGGCGGAAGCGUCACCUGUGAGCACAUCGGCAGCGCCGCCACCGCCGCCGCCACCGCCGCCACCACCCCCGCCGCCGGCGCCGUCAUCGUCGGCGUCCAAGUACGACUUUCUCGAGUCGGACUCUGACGAUGAGGCUGAUCCUUGGAAGGCGUGGCCGGCGCACUUUCGAGGCGCAGGGGUGAAAGAGGGCGUCGAGGUGUGGCGGAUCGAGGCGAUGACGCCUGUCAAGCAGCCGCUGGACGAGGUGGGCAAGUUCUACGUCGGCGACUCGUACAUUGUGCUGGCGGUGAGUGCCGCCGGCGACCGACUCAGUAAGUCGGUCUACUUUUGGGUCGGCGCUGAGUCGACCCGCGACGAGUACACGACGGCAUGCUUCCAGGCCGCGGCGCUGGCGAAGCUGUGCGGGACGUCAGCAGUGCGCGAGGACCAGGACGACGAGAGCGAUGAGUUCAAGAAGGUGUUUUGGUUCGGCAUGACCCUGCUCGAGGGCGGAGUGGAGGGCGGGCUCAAGCAUGUGGCACAGGGCGUGGUGCCAAUGCUCUACCAGAUCAAGGGCGUCCGGCACAUCCGCAUCUACAGGGUGGCGCCGUCGUAUGCCUCGCUCCACCACGGUGAAGUCUUUGUGCUCGACUGCUCAGACGUCAUGUACCAGUGGAACGGAAGCGAGUCGUCGAUGAAGGAAAAGGCCAAGGCGCUCGACUUUACCACCAAGGUCAAGCAGGAGCGCGGCCGGCUCAGCAUCUUGGUGGCCGACGAGCGGACAGAUGACGCGGCCGACUUUGAGCCGUUCUGGCGGACGCUGGGGUGGGAUCCGGCAGCUUCUGCAACGCCGACACCGCAGAUUCCGCGCGGUGACGACGACGGAGAUGUUGCCGACGACGAGGCCUACGAGGCGGCGCUCCACAACGCGACCGAGCUGUACGAGGUGUCUGACGCCGCCGGCCAGCUUCAGGUACUCAAACUCACCGAGCGCCCGCUCUCCAAGGCCAUGCUGGUCACCGACGACGUGUACAUUCUCGACUCGGUCAACGAUGUGUUUGUGUGGAUCGGCAAGGGUGCAAACGAGAUCGAGAAAGAGGCCGGGCUCAGGGUCGGCGAGCACUUUUUCGAGUCUGCGGAGCGGUCGUCGUUUGCGUCUAUCACGCGAGUUGUGGAGGGAGCGGAGACGUAUCUGUUCAAAGAGUACUUUAACGAUUGGCACACCCCGAUGCUUAACCGCGAGGCGUCUGACGGCGCCAUUGUGUCGUUCAACGCUCCGCACUCACGGGUGGCCAAGGUCGACGCUGUUCCGAUCGACUACGCGCGGCUCCACACGCACGCGGAAGCGGUGCACGGAGCAACAGUGGCCUCGCUCGGCGACGCUGGCGGCUCCAAGAAGGUCAUGGUCUUCGAGUCGCCGUCGAUGAUCUACACGCUUCCGCGGCACCAUCAUGGACACUUUUUUGCAGCUGACGCAGUGGUGGUCAUCUACACUUACCAAACCGAGGCUGCCAACGGGCUCCCGUCGCAGACACGGUUCCGCAUCUACUUUUGGGCCGGGCGGCUGGCCUCAUCGCGGAUCUUUCUCGAGUACGAGCUCUCGCUCGGGCGUGAGCUCAAGUCCAAGUUCUCGGCGCACGGCAUGGACGUCACGGUGGUUCAGCAGUCGAUGUACAAAGAGUGCCCUCACUUUCACUCGCUCUUUCCGGACGGCAUGGUGGUGCACACCGGGCACGGGCGUGACGUCUUGCCCAUCGACGCAUGCAUGGUGUUCAACUACGGCGACGCGCACCCGGAGCUCGAGGCGCUCGCACCGGACGACGUGUUCAACGCCGAAACGCUCGCCGCCAACAAGCUCGCCACCCGGCUUUACCACGUGCGGUCCGAGCUGGCAGCCGGCGACAAAGUACACCUGGUGGCGUACGAGGUGAAGGCACGCUCGGCGUCGCUCAACUCGGGCGACGCGUUUGUGUGCUACGACGUGGGCGCCGGAGUCAUCUACGUCUGGCUCGGAGCCGGAGUCAACCGGGUCGAGGUCGACCUCGCGUCGUCCGUGGCACGGCGGCUCCGGCGGCUGGUCACAGGCUCGCUCUUCUACCCGUCCAACUCGUCGUACUCGGGCGACGACGGCGAGGCUGACGAGGACGAGGACGCGAUCGUCACCAUUCCCGAGGGCUACGAGCCGGAGGCGUUCUGGGCCGCGCUCGGCGGCAAGUCUCCGUACGCCUCGUUCCCGCUCCUCCGUGAUGCGGGGCUGGAAGUCUAUCUCUACGAGGCAUCGUUUGCAUCGGGCUUUCUCACCAUCACCGAGCUGAGCAACUUCUGCCAGUAUGAUCUCUCCGACCGUGCCUUCUACAUCCUUGACGCUCAGUACGAGGUUCACCUUCGAAUCCCGCCCUGCGCCGACGACUCCAAGUCUGCCAAGGUCCGAACGUUUGUGGACGAGUACAUCGCGACGACGCCAGCCGGUGCGCGCCCUGGCCUUGCGGCCGGCAACCUGCCUACCGUCCACGAGUGCGUUGCCGGCGCCGAGCCGCUCAGCUUCACCUGCCACUUUCAAGGUUGGUCGGCUGCCGAGUGCUCAGCACGGUUCUGCGACCCGCGCAAGAAGGUGGCGGAAGCGUGCGCGUCGGCGCGCAAGUCGCUCGCGCGGCGGCUGCGCGAUGCCUGUCGCGCGCGAACGUGUUCGUUCUCUGUCACCGGCCGCGAUGCGGUGGAGCAGGGAGUGUACCACUGCCGCUCGUGCUCCACGCCCGACGCCCCGUUUCUGGUCUGCUCGGUCUGCGCGGCGUCAUGCCACCGGUCGCACGAUCUUGCCUCCCGCAUGCCAGGCCUUGCCUACUGUGCGUGUGGAGAUUCUGGAUCAUGUAGCGCCCUGGAGGCGGCGAGUGACUCUUAGUCUGGACCCCCUGUCAUUGUCUGUACAUAUCUUCUUUAUGUGAAACCGAGUGUGU